AUGUGCCUUUUAUGCAACAAAGUUUUGGGCAAUGACGCUAUGAAAUCAUCUAAACUGCAAGAUCAUCUGAGAAGAUUGUACCCUGAUAAAACAGAGAAAGAUUUGAAAUACUUUCAAACACUCAAAGAUAAAUUUCAGAAGAGACCUACACUGGACAGAAUGUUCGCUUCGACGUCACAAAGAAAGGAUGAUGGUUUGCGGGCGUCUUACAAUAUCUCGUUACUUAUAGCAAAAUCCGGAAAACCGCAUACUAUCGGAGAGAAGUUAAUUUUGCCAGCCGUUGAAGAGGUUUUAAAAACUGUUUUACACAAACCUGCAUCUGAUAUCAUUAAAAGAAUUCCCUUAAGUAACAAUACUGUUGAAAGACGUAUUGGUGAAAUGAGUUCUGAUAUUGAAAGCUUCUUAUGUAAUUACUUGCAAACGACCCAUUUCUCUAUACAACUGGACGAGUGA